AUGGCAGAUGCGAAGAAAUGGUCUGUAACCUACACAAAGCACAUCAAGCAGAAGCGUAAAGUCUAUCAGGACGGUUUCCUAGAGCUUCACUCGUCAAGCCACAAGGUCCUGCUAUAUGAUGAUUGUGAAAAACUAUUAGAAAGCAGGUUUGUGAAGAAAGAGGAUGUCAUCAGAUCCGGUGAAACACUGGAAUUCGAUGCUUAUCUAGUCGACAUUGGGGAUUCUCAUGGAGAUCACAAAUCUAUACCUAAUUUGAAUUUCCAAGGAAGAGAUAAAAAGGUUACGGGGAAAUCUGGAAAUUUACAUGGCCAAAAGUUCAGGAAUAAUCCAAUUUCUGUUGAAAAUAAGAAUGCUAAUUCAGGGAAGAAUAAAGCACCAUCAAAGUUCAAGAAGAGUGAAAUGGUCAAGUAUGGUGCAUCAACCAAGCUGUCCUGA